UUUUUUAUUUUAUUUUCUUUCUUUCUUUAUUAGCUUUACUUUUUCUUUUCUUAAAAUACUAUUCAAAAUGGUAUUAAUCCUUCCUUCGUUGAUUCUUUCUGCAGCAUUAGCUUCUGCACAAACUAUAGAUUACUACAAGAAUUUUAAAUCACAAAUCGACCCUCAUAACGUAACCGUUCCUUCCAUUAAACAAACAACUAGUCAUGAUCCCUCAGUAGAAUGUACUUACUAUAACCCUGAUACAUCUUUGAUCAACAUUAAUCCUGCUGAAUGGCCUACUGUUUGGGAGAAAGCUACUUCAAAUGGAGUGACAGAAUCAGAGGAAUUCAAAAAAGUGUAUAGCUCUAUUGACUGGACUAAGGCUCCUAAUAUCCCUGUCCGUAAACUUAAUCCUGAUGGUUCUUUAGAUACUUCUCACUAUCCAGAUAGUGAUCCUGACUGUUGGUGGUCUGCCUCUGGUUGUGUUACUCCUAAGCUCCCCGAUGUCAACAAAGAUAUUUACUAUUGUCCUGAACCCGAGACUUGGGGUUUGACUUACGAUGAUGGACCCAACUGUUCUCAUAAUGCAUUCUAUGAUUACCUUGAAGAACAGAAAUUGAAGGCCACUAUGUUCUAUAUUGGUUCUAACGUUAUUGACUGGCCUUAUGGUGCUAUGCGUGGUAUUAGGGAUGGUCAUCAUAUCGCUUGUCACACUUGGUCUCAUCCUUCAAUAACUACCUUUACCAAUCAAGAAGUUUUUGCUGAAUUCUAUUAUUCCUUAAAGGCCAUUAAGCUUGCCACUGGUCUUACCCCUCGUUACUGGCGUCCUCCUUAUGGUGAUAUUGAUGAUCGUGUUCGUUGGAUUGCUACUCAAUUAGGUUUGACUGCUGUUAUUUGGAAUGAAGAUACUGAUGACUGGAGUGCUGAUAGUCCUGCCACUCUUCAAGCUGUUGAACAAAAUUAUGAAGAUUUCAUUAGAAUGGGUACAAAUGGUACUUUUGCUGAGAGCGGUAACAUUGUCUUGACUCACGAGAUCAAUAACACAACCAUGUCUUUGGCUCUUAAGUACUUGCCUGAUAUUAUGUCUUCAUACAAACAAGUUAUCAGUGUUGCUACCUGUCACAACAUUAGCUAUCCUUACUUUGAAGACUUUGAAUGGACUGAUGUCUUGAACCGUACUAUUCCAUCUAAUACCUCUACUACUAUUGCCCCUGCUUCUACUACUGCUUCUGCUUCUGCUACUACUAUGUCUACUAUUACUACUGCUACUGAUUCCAAAUCCUCCUCUAUUGCUACUAGCAGCCCUGCCGCUUCUGGUUCCAAAGAUGAUACUAAACCCUCUGCUACUGCAGCUAAAGCUGAUGCUUCUAUUAGUGCUGGUGUCACAUUUGCCCCCAAUAUUGCCUUACUCAUCGGUUUCCUUGCUUUCUUGUUCAUUUAAAUUUAUGCAUACGUAUUCUAGACUUUAUUUUAACUAAUUAUUAUAUUUAUAUCAAAUAAAAUCAGACUUGCUUUCUUUAAUUAUAACAUAAACUCA